AUGAUAUACAGGGCGAUUUUAGACACCUUCUAUCUGACCGAUGAGCAAUUGCACAACUCACCGUCGAGAAAGGACGGCAUAGAUGAGGCCACGGAGACCAUGCUCAGAAUCUAUGGCUGUGAGUUAAUCCAAGAAAGCGGAAUUUUGCUCAAAUUACCUCAAGCAGUUAUGGCCACUGGUCAGGUUCUGUUUCACCGAUUCUAUUGUAAGAAGUCGUUUGCAGGCUUCGACGUCAAGAAAGUUGCUGCUAGCUGUUUGUGGCUUGCAUCAAAACUGGAGGAGGAAUGCCCUAAAAAAGCCAGGCAGGUUAUCAUUGUUUUCCACAGGAUGGAAUGUAGGAGGGAGAACAAGCUAGCCAUUGAGCCUUUGGACUUGAAUUCAAAGAAAUAUUCGGACUUGAAGACGGAGUUGAGUAGAGCAGAAAGACAUAUUUUAAAGGAGAUGGGUUUCGUUUGUCAUGUUGAGCAUCCUCAUAAGUUUAUAUCAAAUUAUCUUGCCACUCUGGAGACACCCACACCGCGGGAAUUAACACAAGAAGCCUGGAAUCUAGCAAAUGACAGUUUGCGUACGACAUUGUGUGUGCGAUUCAAGAGUGAGGUUGUUGCUUGUGGUGUAGUUUACGCUGCUGCUCGGAGGUUUCGAGUUCCCCUUCCUGAGAAUCCUCCAUGGUGGAAGGCAUUUGAUGCGGAGAAAUCAGGGAUUGACCAAGUUUGUAGGGUGCUGGCUCAUCUGUACAGCCUUCCUAAAGCAAACUACAUACCAGUCUGUAAGGAUGGAGGAGAUUCCUCUUUUACUAACAAGUCAAGGAAUUCAAUCUCUCAACCAAUUCCAAAGGAAAAUAGCCCAUCAGCUAUUGACGAUAAAAGCAAGGAGAGGGAGAAGGAGAGAGACAUAGACAGAUACAGAAGCAUGACCGAAGUUAUCGUUCCAAGGAUUGAGCAGCAAAAGAUUAGGGGGCAUUUGGAGAAAUCAAGACAUCACAUAGAUCGUGACUAUCACAAUUCCUCCUAUUCUUCACGGGAUGAGGACCGCCAUAGACAUCAUUCUUACGCUUGA